GAGUUCUCUGAGAGUCAUUGCAUAGCGCAGCCGAUCUCUCACCUUCUCUCAGCAAAAAAACUAACCGAAACAUUACGAAAAAACCGAAAAACAAAGAAACCGAAACGAUCAAAAAUUUCCGAAAUGAAACACGCUUGAACUUUUCGAAUUCUCCCUCGCUGAGACUGUAGGGUUUUUCCUACUCCGAUCGCUAUGGAUAUUCGAUUCCCUUACUCUCCAGCGGAGGUCGCCAAAGUCCGCAUGGUUCAGUUCGGCAUACUCAGUCCGGAUGAGAUCAGGCAAAUGUCCGUGGUGCAGAUUGAACACAGCGAGACGAUGGAGAGGGGUAAGCCGAAGAUGGGCGGUCUAAGUGACUCUCGGCUUGGCACCAUUGAUAGGAAGAUGAAGUGCGAUACUUGCACAGCUAACAUGGCCGAGUGCCCGGGCCACUUUGGGCACCUCGAGCUCGCCAAGCCCAUGUUUCAUAUCGGAUUUUUGAAGACUGUGCUCAGUAUCAUGCGCUGUGUUUGCUUCAAUUGCUCUAAGAUUCUAGCAGACGAGGAAGACCAAAAGUUUAAGCAAGCAAUGAAAAUAAAGAAUCCCAAAAAUAGAUUAAAAAAGAUUUUGGAUGCCUGCAAGAACAAAACUAAAUGUGAAGGUGGUGAUGAACUUGAUGUUCAUAGUCAAGAUACUGAAGAACCAGUCAAAAAGAGUCGUGGUGGCUGUGGUGCUCAGCAGCCAAAGCUCACCAUCGAAGGCAUGAAAAUGAUCGCAGAGUACAAGGCACAAAGGAAGAAAAGUGAUGAUCAAGAACAACUUCCUGAACCAGUGGAAAGAAAACAGACACUUACUGCAGAAAAGGUUCUUAGUGUUCUGAAAAGAAUAAGUGAUGAAGACUGCCAACUGCUGGGCUUGAACCCUAAGUAUGCCCGUCCAGACUGGAUGAUUCUACAAGUCCUUCCAAUUCCUCCACCUCCUGUUAGACCCUCUGUGAUGAUGGAUACCUCCUCCAGGAGCGAGGAUGAUUUGACUCAUCAGUUGGCGAUGAUUAUACGGCACAAUGAGAAUCUGAGGAAACAAGAGAGGAAUGGGGCACCUGCUCAUAUCAUUUCGGAGUUUGCACAGUUGUUGCAAUUCCAUGUAGCCACAUAUUUUGACAAUGACUUACCUGGACAGCCAAGGGCUACCCAGAGAUCAGGAAGACCCAUUAAAUCUAUAUGUAGUAGGCUUAAGGCAAAGGAAGGUCGGAUUAGAGGUAAUUUGAUGGGGAAACGUGUGGAUUUUUCAGCACGAACUGUUAUUACUCCAGAUCCGAACAUUAAUAUAGAUCAAUUGGGCGUACCGUGGAGUAUUGCUUUAAAUCUCACAUAUCCAGAGACUGUUACUCCAUAUAACAUAGAAAGGUUGAAGGAGCUUGUUGAAUAUGGGCCCCAUCCUCCACCUGGUAAAACUGGUGCCAAGUAUAUCAUAAGGAAUGAUGGACAAAGGCUAGAUCUUCGUUACUUGAAGAAAAGUAGCGAUCACCAUCUGGAGCUUGGAUAUAAGGUGGAGCGGCAUCUGAAUGAUGGAGACUUUGUACUCUUUAAUCGUCAACCUAGUCUGCAUAAGAUGUCUAUUAUGGGGCACAGAAUCAAGAUUAUGCCAUACUCAACAUUCCGUCUGAAUUUAUCUGUUACUUCUCCAUAUAAUGCUGAUUUUGAUGGCGAUGAAAUGAAUAUGCAUGUUCCUCAGUCAUUUGAAACUAGAGCAGAGGUGUUGGAGCUAAUGAUGGUGCCUAAAUGCAUUGUGUCCCCUCAAGCAAAUCGGCCUGUUAUGGGAAUAGUCCAGGAUACGCUUUUAGGGUGCCGUAAAAUCACCAAGAGGGACACGCUUAUAUCGAAGGAUGUUUUCAUGAACAUCUUGAUGUGGUGGGAGGAUUUUGAUGGGAAAAUUCCUGCUCCUGCAAUUUUGAAGCCAGGGCCUUAUUGGACUGGAAAACAAGUGUUCAAUCUUAUUAUACCAAAACAGAUAAAUCUCACACGAACUUCUGCCUGGCACUCGGAGUCAGAAACUGGAUUCAUAACUCCUGGGGACACCCAAGUGAGAAUAGAAAGGGGGGAGCUACUUGCUGGUACUCUUUGCAAGAAGACACUUGGGACAUCUUCAGGAAGUCUUAUACAUGUUAUUUGGUAG